AUGAUUGUGGGAUGGUCCAGGAACACUUCCCGUCAGACGAUAGAUUACGCUCGUCCUAAUGAAAACACAACUUUAAUCGAGCCGGUGAAAGCUUGUCAUGAAGACAUUCCUAUUUUCCUUCUCAUCGUUGUCUGCUCUUCAUUGAGAAAUUUUGAAGCUCGUCAAACUAUCAGAGAGACGUGGGGAAACAGCACGAACUUCAAUUAUCCCGUGUUCGAGAAACUGCAUGGGAAAUACGACAAAUUUUAUCUCAAACCCAACAAUAAACAUUGGGAAAGAUAUGCUGAGAAUUCCACAACUUCUGAUCAUCAAUUAAAUCGAAGUAAUUUUAAUAUUCGCGUUGUUUUCUUGUUGGGUGUUCCAACUAACGAACGAUCCUUUGAUGAACUUCAAUAUCAGAUUAACUACGAACACGAACUUUAUGGUGACAUAAUUCAAGAGAAUUUCUUGGACAGUUACAACAAUUUAACAAUCAAGACGGUUCUAAUGCUUAAAUGGGCGAAUAUUAAUUGUGUUGAAAAAGUCAAAUACAUCAUGAAAUGUGAUGACGACACUUUUGUAAAUGUUCCGAAUCUCAUUCACGUGCUGCUUGGUGGAACGGUUCCUGUUUACAACGCAACAGUUUCUGUCAAUGAUAAAUUGUCGAUUAACGCCAGAAGUGCUCGAAAUCGCUUAAGUGAAGGCAAAAAUCUUUUAUUAGGAUUUAAGUUUUGCUCGGCAAAACCUAUAAGAGACGUGAGAAGCAAGUGGUAUGUUCCAAAUUAUUCAUUCAACGGAGAAGUUUUUCCUGAUUUUCUUUCUGGAACGGCUUAUUUGAUGAGCUUUGAGACUGUCAAUAAAUUAUACAAAGGAAGUUUGUCAACGCCAAUGUUUCAUCUCGAAGAUGUUUACUUGACGGGAUUUGUUGCCGAUCGACUCAAAAUUAAACGUCAACACCAUCCAUUAUUUUCUUUUGUAUCAAUAAAAGAUCGUUGUUCACUUCGCGGGAUGAUAACUCAACAUUAUAUGGCAAAAGAAAACUUAAAGGAAGCGUACAACUUUAUAAUGAACUUUUCAACGCAAUGUUCAGUUCCAAAGAAAAGUUUUCUAAGUGACAAACUAGACUUGAAUUCCACAACUUCUGAUCAUCAAUUAAAUCGAAGUAAUUUUAAUAUUCGCGUUGUUUUCUUGUUGGGUGUUCCAACUAACGAACGAUCCUUUGAUGAACUUCAAUAUCAGAUUAACUACGAACACGAACUUUAUGGUGACAUAAUUCAAGAGAAUUUCUUGGACAGUUACAACAAUUUAACAAUCAAAACGAUUCUAAUGCUUAAAUGGGCGAAUAUUAAUUGUGUUGACAAAGUCAAAUACAUCAUGAAAUGUGAUGACGACACUUUUGUAAAUGUUCCGAAUCUCAUUCACGUGCUGCUUGGUGGAACGGUUCCUGUUUACAACGCAACAGUUUCUGUCAAUGAUAAAUUGUCGAUUAACGCCAGAAGUGCUCGAAAUCGCUUAAGUGAAGGCAAAAAUCUUUUAUUAGGAUUUAAGUUUUGCUCGGCAAAACCUAUAAGAGACGUGAGAAGCAAGUGGUAUGUUCCAAAUUAUUCAUUCAACGGAGAAGUUUUUCCUGAUUUUCUUUCUGGAACGGCUUAUUUGAUGAGCUUUGAGACUGUCAAUAAAUUAUACAAAGGAAGUUUGUCAACGCCAAUGUUUCAUCUCGAAGAUGUUUACUUGACGGGAUUUGUUGCCGAUCGACUCAAAAUUAAACGUCAACACCAUCCAUUAUUUUCUUUUGUAUCAAUAAAAGAUCGUUGUUCACUUCGCGGGAUGAUAACUCAACAUUAUAUGGCAAAAGAAAACUUAAAGGAAGCGUACAACUUUAUAAUGAACUUUUCAACGCAAUGUUCAGUUCCAAAGAAAAGUUUUCUAAGUGACAAACUAGACUUGGUAAAGCGUCAAACUUUAUCUUGGACUGUGAUUCUACUUAGAAAUGUAAAUAAAAUGUUAAGAUUCAAUUUUCUUGCAUAA